AAGAUCUACAAGAAACUUGGACACCAUACCAGUUGAAGAAGCAAAUUUGAAUCUUAUCAUUUAAACAGUGUUGAACUGCAUAAUGGAUGGAAUAGACACCUUGCAGAGCUCAGCCCCAGAGACCAAGGCUGAGCGAAUUGCCCGCUACAAAGCAGAGAGGAGGAGGGAGCUUGCUGAGCGCUAUGGCAACACAGAAGAAUUCACCUCCAAAUAUGUCCGCAGGGACAGGAAAAUUGCUGACGCAUCCGAAACUGUGUCUUCAGUAACCAAGGAGAAGGAAAAAUAUGAGGAUAAUGGAGCAGAGCCAACAUAUAGCAGGAGGGGCCUCAGGAAUAAAGUAGUAGAACCUGUGGAGCAAACUAAUGAUGAAAAAGAGGCUACCACUCACCUCAAAACAGAUGCAAUUUUAUCCUCCAAAUCAGAAGCUGUCUCCUCCAUAAAGACGACCUCUCAUUUCAGGCUGCUGGAAACUGAUGACACCACGGAGCCACAGGUUAAUGAGACACCUGUGAACUCAUCCAAGAGGUCUGCUUCAUCCAAAAUGUCUCUUUCUAAGGACCUGGAUGGGACAGAGGAUGGAAGCAGCGACAGACAUGCUGGUGACGGAGUAAAGCGUCAGCUAAUGAGCAGUGACGAAGAGGAAACCUCUACCAGGCUUCCUAAAUCUGAUGUAGGCAACACAAUGGAAGAGAGAGAGGCCACCGGUGAACCUUCAUGGAAGGAGCAGCAUGAAUAUGCUGCCACUGCAGAGCAAAAAAAGCCUUCCAGUCUCCUCUCUGACAGCAAGAACAGAGACGCCUCUCCUCCUCCCUCUCCUCCCUGCCAGCCUCCCUCGCUACAGCGCCAAGACUCAGGGCCUCGAGGCAUCAAGGGAAUCCUUAAGAAAAGCCGCUCUACCAGUGUGGAGUCCGACCACAGCGAGGGCUCUACGCCUGAGUGCCCGCCAGCCCGACAAAGCAGCGUCACCCUCAGCCACCCUGAGAGUGAGGAAGAGACAGAGGAGGCAUAUGAAGAGGAGCAGGAGCAGGAAGAGGAGGAGGAGGAGGAGGAGGAGGAAAUAGAGGAAGAAGUCAGUGAGGAAAAUGACAGAGAGGAUGAGCCAUUAACUGAUGAUGUCACAGACGGAGGGAGCUUCAGCAUCGACAGACAAGAGUGUGGAGGAAGCAGCGGUAGCAGUAGAGGGAGCUUUGAGGAGAUGCGAAGUUCCUCGCCUGAUGAGAGCCUGGAGAAGACCUCCACAGUGUCAGAGGAUGUUGAGGAGCUGGAGAGCAGUUUGGAUGGAAGUCUGGGCUCGUCACGCAAACAGAGUCUGGCAGAGUUGACUGGGAGAGACAAUGAGAAGAGGGAUACACCGAAGAAGGCCAAGCCAUCUGAGCUGAUCCAGACAUCACUGGCUGAUCGCUUCAGUCAGCUCCAAGAUUCUGAAAAUGCCUGGAGGAAAAAGAAGUCCAACCUAGAUGUGGAGCCCAAGAUGUCGCUGGUAGAGAGGAUGAAGAUCCUCAAGCAGAAGGAGGAGCAGUGGAAGAGCAGAGGCAAAGGAGCAGCCAACGACUCCAUCCAGUUCACUGUGGCUGGACGAAUGGCCAAGAGAGGUCUUGUGUCAGACACAGGAAAGGAGGAGUCACCACUUAUCUCUCUCAAGAAGUCUAAUGCCACACCCGUGAAGCCGCAUGAAGAAAUCUCCAGUAGAACUGAUGUCAAAGUGGAAGGAGAUAAAAGACUGGACAAGCUUGAGUCCUUCCUAGACAAGCUCCACAAUAAAGGCGUGAGCAAAAGCAAGACAUCCACGAUUGAGGUGACGGCAGAGAUGGAGAAAGAAGUGAUGACCCUGGAUGAUGAGGAGACCUUUGGCAGCUUUUACAAAUCUGUCUCACCCACGACUCUGCAGGACUCCAGUGUGGUCCUUACUGAGGAGGACCUCAGCCAGAUUCAGGCUGAUACACCAAAGCUCACCUCAGCCGUAGCAGAACACAAGCGUGCAGUGCGACCAGCCCGGAGAAAUCAGGGCUCCAGGAACCCUCUGCGGGCUCUGGCUGCCCGCAACGACCUCCGGCAGGUGUACACUGAACAGAGGCUUAAUGUAGCCACAGUGGAGACCAAGAGGAUCCAAGUGGAGAGGAUGGCAAAACACUCCAACCUGGCCGAUGUGGCCUUGGCAGGCCUCGCCAGCAAGGAGAACUUCCGCAAGGUCAGCCUGCGCAGUGUCAAGUCCACCGAUGUCGUGACCAACAACAGUACACUGCCUUUCAACAAGCUCAUGCUUAUUCGCAUCAAAGGUCGGAGGCAUGUCCAGGUGCGCUUGGUGGAGCCCACAGCCCACUCUCUAAACAGUGGCGACUGCUUCCUUCUUAUAACGCCGAAGCAGUGCUUCAUGUGGAGUGGAGAGUUUGCCAACGUCAUUGAGAAAGCUAAGGCAUCAGAGAUGGCCUCGUUCGUUCAGGCCAAGAGGGACCUCGGCUGCAAGGCCCCCCAGGUGACGGUGCUGGAGGAGGGUAUCAACACCGAGAGCCGAUGGGCCAAAGAGUUCUGGAGCCUGCUGGGAGGAAAGACCAAAUAUAGAGGGGCAGGGGAGCCGGAGGAGGAUGAACUGUAUGAGAGCGGGGUGCUAGACUCUAAUGGGGUGUACAGACUCCAGGGAGACAAACUGUUGCCACAUGAAGAUGCCUGGGCCUCCAUCCCGAGCGUUUCCUUGCUCAAUUCUAAGGAGGUCUUAGUGUUUGACUUUGGCAGUGAAGUGUACGUAUGGCAUGGGAAAGAUGUGCCCUUAGGUGAUAGAAAAGUGGCCGUCAAACUGGGAAAACAGCUUUACAGUGGCAGCUACGACUACAGCAACUGCAGAGUCAACCCUUUAGAUGCCUCCUGCACAAAUAAGGAUGUGCCUCAGCAGGGGGAGGGUCGUCCGAGCUGGGCUCUGUUUGGCCGGCUGUCAGAGCACAAUGAGACAUCGUUGUUCAGAGAGAAGUUCCUGGACUGGGCUGAGAGGAAGAAAGAGGAAGCAGCUCAAGCUGAGGAAAUCAAGAGUCCAGUCCACUCCACUGUCCGCUCCCCACUCGAAUUGGAACUGCAGCCAUUCGAUGCCAGCGCCCUGCUGGACAAUGAGCCUGAGCCAGUGAAGGCUGUUCUGGAGGGAGUUGACGUGCAGCGGGGCCACGGCCUGGUGAGGACCGAGGAUGGUAGGCAGGCAGAGUUGGCUACAGUAGCUGUAGACGCCUGGCACAUCAAAGAGCACAGUGAGGAGGAGCUGCCUAAAGGGAGUGUGGGCCAGCUACACGAGGGCGAUGCCUACAUCAUCCGUUGGAAGUACUCUGUCACCACAUUAGUGGGGAAGCGGCAGAAACCCGGGGAGCUGAGCGCCGGAGCUCCUGGAAGAGAGAGGACCGCUUGUUUUUUCUGGCAGGGCCGGCAUUCCAGCAUCAGCGAGAAAGGAACCUCAGCUCUAAUGACAGUGGAGCUGGGAAGCCACCGGGGGUCACAAGUGUUGGUGAGUCAAGGGAAAGAGCCGCCGUGCUUCCUCCAGCUCUUCCAGGGAGGUUUGAUCAUCCACAAGGGCAGCAGAGAAGACAGUGCCAACAACACAGAUGGCUGGAGGUUGUUCUGUGUCCGUGGUGAGGCAGAUGUGGAGGCCUCACUGGUGGAGGUGGACUGCCAGCGUGCCAGUCUGCGGUCACGCGCCAGCUUAGUGCUUCUUAAUGCUCAGAAAGCUCAACUCUACUUGUGGCACGGCUGUAAAUCACACACCAGUGCCAGGCAGGUGGCCAAAAGAGCUGCGGACAAACUAACCCAGAGGUGUCCCUCAGAGUUAGGUCUGAACAGCACCAGCAGCGUGAAAGUUGAGGAGGUGGAGGAAGGAGCUGAACCCUCAGAGUUCGUGAAAGCUCUGGGCUCGCAGGACAAGAAAGCCUACGACUGUAUGCUGCAAGAUCCAGGGAAGUACAACUACACACCCCGGCUGUACCGGCUGAGUGCCAGCUCUGGGCUGUUUGAAGGGGAGGAGCAGCUGUAUCCUGCCCGGGUGAUAGAGGGAGUCAUGGCGAUGCCUUUCCUGCAGGAGAACCUCUACGCCACACAACAGCCAGCUCUGUUCCUGCUGGAUAACCGUAUGGAGGUGUACCUGUGGCAGGGCUGGCAGCCUGAAGACACGCAGUGCACCGGCUCUGCAAAGAUGCGCUGGGACAGCGAGAGGAAAUGUGCCAUGGAGACUGUGCUGCAGUACUGCAAAGAGAAGAACCCUCGGCGACCCCCCUUGGCUUACCUGGUCCUAGCAGGCUGCGAGCCCCUCACCUUCACCAACAUCUUCCCAUACUGGGAGAAGGAUACCAGCAUCACUUCAAAGCUUGAGAGCUCCAAGAACAAGGUGAUCUUGGUGAAGGAGGCCCUGUCCAAGCUCAGUAAGCAGCAGUACUCCAUCGAGGAGCUGACCCGCAAACCGCUGCCGGAGGGAGUGGACCCUCUGCGCCUGGAGGAUUACCUGUCUGACGAGGACUUCAAGACACUUCUUGAGAUGAGUCGAGUUGAGUUCAACGCCAUGCCAAACUGGAAGCAAAAGAACCUGAAGAAAAGCAAGGGUCUGUUUUAAAACUAAUCUUUUGUACACAGGCUUUUCUUUUCUUUAUGUUUUCUCAGCAGCUUUUCUUACAUUUUUUUUUAUUCUAAGA